AUCUAGGAGAAAGAAGUAAACAUGAGCGGAAGAGGCAAAACCGGCGGCAAGACCAGGGCUAAGGCCAAGACUCGUUCAUCCAGAGCUGGACUGCAGUUCCCCGUUGGUCGAGUGCACAGACUGCUGCGUAAAGGCAACUAUGCUCAGCGCGUGGGAGCUGGUGCACCCGUCUACAUGGCUGCUGUGCUCGAGUACUUGACCGCUGAGAUCCUGGAGUUGGCCGGUAACGCCGCUCGUGACAACAAGAAGAGUCGUAUCAUUCCUCGUCAUCUGCAGCUGGCCGUGCGUAACGACGAGGAGUUGAACAAACUGCUCGGUGGCGUUACCAUCGCUCAGGGUGGUGUGCUGCCCAACAUUCAGGCUGUGCUCCUGCCCAAGAAGACCGAGAAGUCCAAAAUCAAAGACAAAGCAAACAUGAGCGGAAGAGGCAAAACCGGAGGCAAGACCAGGGCGAAGGCCAAGACUCGUUCAUCCAGGGCUGGACUGCAGUUCCCCGUCGGUCGUGUGCACAGGCUGCUGCGUAAAGGCAACUAUGCUCAGCGCGUGGGAGCUGGUGCACCCGUCUACAUGGCUGCAGUGAUGGAGUACUUGACCGCUGAGAUCCUGGAGUUGGCUGGUAACGCCGCUCGUGACAACAAGAAGAGUCGUAUUAUCCCCCGUCAUCUGCAGCUGGCCGUGCGUAACGACGAGGAGUUGAACAAACUGCUCGGUGGCGUUACCAUCGCUCAGGGUGGUGUGUUGCCCAACAUUCAGGCUGUGCUCCUGCCCAAGAAGACCGAGAAGUCCAAGUAAAAGCAUCCCCAACCUCCCUGACCACAAAGGCUCUUUUAAGAGCCACCCACAUCCCUAGAAAAAGCAUUUUCCAACUUUCCAACAAAUUUGGUUAAAAAAAUAACAAGGAAGUACAUAAUAAUUACUAAACAUGCUGUAUUAUCACAGUUAAUAAUUUCAAUAUGAUCUACACGCAGCGUAAGCUACAUUUCACAUUACUAUAACCAGGAAGGUUCAAUUGAUGUAAAAACGAACAAAAACAUCUUACAGGGAGUUCUGGCAUAAGUACCGUCUAAAUAAUGUGUGUUGUGUGAAGACUGAAGGAAAUGGUUACCAUUAAUAAAUACAAAGGCGCAUUGACUACCUCGGUACUUUUCUUACAAUAAAUGGGUUCCAAAGUUUGUUUAUAACCUGACUACGCGAAACUAUCUGUCCACAACUCAACCUCUCAUUGUUGCAAUCCGCAGUCGGUCAAACAAAAUGCGCACGGGGUUGGCUUUCAGUGUCUUGCCUGUCCUCAACAUCGUGUGUACAAACAUUCAGAACCCAUGUAUAGACGCAGCACA